CAAAAAGCCAUCUACUGCAUGCAUGUUGUGUAAUCACACUGGGUUGUUCAUGUGGCAUUUGUUUCAUUGGCUGCUGUCGAGCUGAGGGCGAUGAAUCCUCCAGGUUACCAGGCUGAAAGUGUCCCAGCGCAGAUGGGGAGGAACGAUGGGUUCACUGGACAACCUGCAACAUCGACAAGGGUUCAGUACACCACUGUGAGCAUCAGCACUGAUCCCCCCAAAGACCACAUCAUCUGGUCCCUCUGCUGCUUUGUCUACUCAAACCCUUUCUGCCUUGGACUAGCGGCUCUUAUCUACUCUAUCAAAUCCAGAGACCGGAAGAUGGCUGGAGAUCUGCAAGGUGCCCAAGGUUAUGGCUCAACUGCCCGCAACCUCAACAUUGCAGCAACUGUCCUGGGUUGCAUCCUGUUCAUUGUUUUCAUCAUCAUCAUUACUACGUCAGCAAAGUAAAAGAUAGUACAGAUACUGAGGCUAAAUUCCAGUUAUUGUUACAGAUGCUUGCUGCUGUGAUUUGGUGAUGCUUGAUCUCUGCAUUAUGCUCAUGUCAUAAUCUGAACUUCUCAUCAAGUAAAACAGAUUUUUACCUUUAUUUGCUACAGAAGCCUUAUUUGGAAUUCAUCCAUGUUGCUCUAACUGCUGUCUGCCAAGUCUGAAUGCCAGACUAUUAUUAAAUCCAAAUUACCUGUCAGAGACAACUGUGUCACAGCGAUUGUUUGAAGAGACCAGUUUAAUUUCUCAAUAAACGAAAGUUCAAUCAUUUUCAUUCAUAAACUUGUGUGCUUGGAAAAUGGAGGUUGAAAAUAAAUAAAUAUACUUUAUACACACUUAACUAACCUUCUAACCACAUUUUCCACCACUGUUUAGUUGGUACCAUGUAUUCUAUAUAAUUUUGAUCUUAUGUUUGAUCAAAUGGCAAGAAGACAGGUGUCCUCCGACAUGACUGGGGUGUUAUCUAUUCUAUGCUUAUGUUACUCAAAAA